ACACCUUUGGAUCGAUCCCAUGAUUAAUCACCGUGCAUCCUAAAGCAGGAACGGUGGAGAUCACAAAUCUCCUUCGGAAACUAAUUCGUCCCGAUCAUAUGACUCGGUAACCCCCUCUCUUCCACAGAACCCCUUCCGUGCAGCCAUCCCCUGUUCGGUGGCGCAUAACCGCCGUUCGCCGAUUCUGUCGCCUGUGCCUUUCUCCGGCUACCUGGUUUCAAUCGCUUACUCUGAGAGAUCCCAAAUGUGCUUCACCUGAUCCUCUACAAAUAAGAUCUGCAAUCUUCUUGCUCAUACAGGGAAGCGUACAAAAUUUUGAGAAAAAUGCAUGCUUCAUCAUCUGGAACGCCCUCAAAACCGAGGGCAGCCGGGACCUCACAGCCAUCCGAUGCUUCUUUCAAGAGAAAACGAGGAAUGUUUCAAAAAGACUUGCAGCACAUGAUGUACGGCUUUGGGGAUGAUCCUAAUCCCCUUCCAGAAACUGUUGCCCUAGUUGAGGACAUAGUUGUUGAGUAUAUCACCGAUAUGGUGCAUAAAGCCCAGGUUGUUGCAUCAAAAAGAGGAAAACUUUUGACAGAGGAUUUCUUGUUUUUGAUUCGUAAGGACACGCCUAAACUCCACAGAUGUACAGAACUGCUCUCCAUGAAUGAGGAGCUUAAGCAGGCCCGGAAAGCUUUUGAAGUUGAUGAGGAGAAACUGGCGACCAUUGAUUGACAUGCAUGUGUGACUGAGAGUUGUUUGCUUAUACUUCAUCCUGUUACGCCAGUAGUAAAAUAUCUCAGCAAUCGGCACUUCCCUUUUCAGAUUACCUCUCUCAUGCUCGGUUGCAUCUCACAAUGCCUCUCAUGCUCGCUUGCAUCUUGUACAGUUAAUAUUCAACUGUAUUGCCGCCUUCUGCAGUCAACAACCUAAAGUGAAACACUGUUAUUCUCACUGAAACAUAUUUUCUUAACAAUGUUUCUAGCUAUUACAUUUGCCUCAGUAUAAA